UUGGAAUGGAGUUGUGUGCUUGUGAAUGAAAACAUUCGGGUUUGAGAAUUUAGCGAACACACAGCUGUUAAACAAAAAGUCGCUUCUCUCCCUUGGCUACACACAUUCUUCGCAAUGACGAAAGCUUUUUUUAGUGGGACUAACAAUACCACACUUUAAGGUUUGGCGGAUGAUGUGAACGAAAAAAUAACGCGCCUUUUUACAGAUUGAUGUGCUAGCAGUUAAAAACCCUGACUGUCGUACAUGCAACCAGCUGUUUUUGUUAUUCCAAGAUGUAGAAUAAGAUGUGUGUAUAGUUAAAAGAAAAGAAGUUAAAUUAGGUGCCAAAUAUCCUUGUUUUUAAAAUCAAAGAACCAAAUUGUGAUAUACACGUAGAUAAAUCAAGAUGGCGGACGAGACUUUAGUACCACUAAUGUGUAAUACAACGAGGUCAAAGUUGAGGAACGGAAAACCUGUUGUCGGUAUUAUCGGCACCGGAAAUUUCGCCAUAGCCCUGACCAAACGUCUCACGAUGACCGGAUAUGAAGUGGUCAUCGGCAGCAGACGACCGGAGGCCAGGAAAGACAAUCUUCUAUUCACCAGGGACUGCCUGUGUGGGGUCGAGCUGACUUCCGUGUCCGAAUGCAUCCGGAAAUGCGAGGUCAUAUUCGUGGCCAUCCACAUGGAGGACUUCAAAUUUACACUCCAGCCUUUCGCUGACGCCACGACGGGUAAGAUUAUCAUCGACGUGUCUAACCGCGAGUUCCGGUACGCCGCCCACUCCAACGCCGAACACCUGGCCACCGUGUUACCCAACGCCCAAGUCGUCAAGGGCUUUAACUCUAUAUCCGCCUACACCAUGGAAUCUUUCGGGGAAGCCGGCGGCAACCAUAAAGUUUUCAUCGCCAGCGAUCACCCCACGGCCAGAGCGAAGGUCGGAGACAUUGCAAAAAAUAUGGGCUUCCGCGUCGUCGAUGUGGGCGGGCUUAAGUCUGCCAGAUUUUUGGAGGAGUUUGUUCUCAAGGUGUUUUCACACUGGAAGGUGCCGAUUUUCUUGACGUUCGGCAUCUUCAACCUGUGGUCGCUGUAUAUUGUGUAUAUCUACUUCAUAGAGGCAUCGGAGUUCAGCUGGGAGCAGAUUUUCUUGAAAGUGCUGAACAAGCCUCUGUGUAUGACCGCGAUAACCGUGCUAGCGCUUACAUAUCUACCAGGUCAAAUAGCUUCAGUGCUGCAGGUGUACAACGGCACCAAACACAAACGGUUUCCGCGCCUCUUGGACACCUGGCUCCAGAGCCGGAAACAGUUCGGUCUGAUCAGCUUCCUGCUCGUGACCAUCCACGCCAUCGCCUCCACCCUGAUGAUGUCGCCCACCUACUACAGCUCGUGGUACCACAGGGUCACCGUGACCCUCCCGGCCAACUCGACCUUGACCUCGGACCUGAUCCUCUCCGGCAGCAAAGCCUGGAUGGUCUGGAAGGGGGAAGCGGCCUGCCUGGUUGGGAUCACGGCUUUUGUGCUGAUGGCCGUCAUCGCCGUCACGUCCAUCCCUUCUGUCGGGGAGUCCCUCAACUGGUCAGAAUGGAGGUGCGUCCACUCCAAACUGAGCUUCGCCAUGCUGGUCCUCUCCGUGGGUCACGUCUGCAUUAUGGGGGCCCCGGGCUGGGUUAAAUCCGGACCAUGGAAAAGUUUCCGUUCUAUAACCUGCCUGAGUAUAUUACUUCCCCUUCUAGUCAUACUCCUUCGAUUAAUCUUCAGUUGUCCCCCUUUGAGUGGGUACCUUCGGAAAAUCCGCCGGGGCUGGGAGAGGGUGAGUGAGGGUGACCUCCCUGCAGUGGUGACUCGGGCGGAGAACAGCAUCACCACGGUUCAUGAUUUCAAUGAAAAGAUGGCCAACGGGUACGACGGCAUCCAGCUGGAUCGGUCUUGUUGCUGCGACAACAGCGUCGGUAACCCACAGGGCGAGGUCAAGGUCACCAAGCCGUCCACGUCCGUCAAUGCCCAGUGUGAGUGCUCUGCUGUGUGAGAUUCGUAGGGUGGAACUUGUCGUAUUACAGAACUUGUCAUUUUAUGGAAGUGUAAUAAUAAGGCAGUGUAAUUUUAUCCAACUUGUCAUUUUACUGAAGAGUGACUUUAUGUCUCUUGUUAAUUUAUGGAAGUGUAACGUUAUGGAGCUUGUCAAUUUAUGAAAGUGUACUUUUAUAGAACUUGUCACGUUAUGGAAGUGUAAUUUAUGGAACUUGUCACGUAUUUGCCACGUAUUUAAAGACGUGUUAUUGUAAAGACGUGUAAUUUUAUCAAACUUGUCAUUAUCUGAAGAGUAACUUUAUGUAUCUUGUCAAUUUAUGGAAGUGUAACUUUAUGUAACUUGUCAAUUUAUGAAAGUGUAAUUUUAUGGAGCUUGUCAUGUUAUGGAAGUGUAAUUUAUGGAACUUGUUGCUUUACAGACGUUUUUAAAGACGUGUUAUUCUAAGGACGUGUAAUUUUACCGAACUUGUCAUUUUCUGAAGAGUAACUCUAUGUGUCUUGUUAAUUUAUGGAAGUAUAACUUUAUGGAAUAUAUCAAUUUAUGGAAGUAUAACUUUAUGGAAUAUGUCAAUUUAUGAAAGUGUAAUCUUAUGGAACUUAUCAUUUAAUGUAAGUGUAAUUUUAUGGAACUUGUCAUUUUACAGAAGUAUUAUUGUAAGGACGUGUAAUUUUAUCGAACUUGCCAUUUUAUGGAAGUGUAAUUUUAUAGAACUUGUUAAUAUAUGAAAGUGUAGUUUUAUAGAACUUGUCAAUAUGUGAAAGUGUAGUUUUAAGGGCUUGUUAUUUUAUGGAAUUUUUUUUUAGGAAGUUGUCAUAUUAUGGAAGUGUCUCUUAUGGAAAUUUGAAUUUUAAGAAACUAAUUUCAUACAACUUGUCAUUUUAUGGAAAUGUAAUUUUAUGAAAAUUUUAAUUUUAUGAAACUUGCUUUUUCAUACAACUUGUCAUUUUAUGGAAAUGUAAUUUUAUGAAAAUUUUAAUCUUAUGAAACUUGCUUUUUCAUACAACUUGUCGUUUUAUGGAACUCGUCAUUUUGAGAAAGCUGCCAUUUUGUUGAAUUUGUUUAACUGAAUUUUGACCAUUUAUAAAACUUGAUACUUCUCUGUGGAACGUGUCUCUUUGUCACACUGAAUUUUUCCUGUUGGUCUUUGUGACUAUUGUUAGGCCGAGCGUUGCGUUAGCGUGCAUUUUUUCAUUCAUUACAAUGUUAUUAAAAACACAAAGUGAUAUGUUUUAUGCAUUAGUUGUGUUUUACCCAUCAAGGGUAGAAACCGUGCGCGAAAUGUAUAGUGUCAGAAGCAUAAAGGGAAGCAACCUAUGUAUAAACUGUCAUGUGACUACGACAUAAAGGGAAGCAACCUAUAUAUAAAUGUGACUACGACAUAAAGGGAACCUAUGUAUAAACUGUAUUGUGAAAGAUUAAAGGAAGCAACCUAUUUAUAAACCGUCGUGUGACUGAAACA